AUGAUGCCAAUUCUUUAGAGAAAAAGAGAUUACUUCUACUAGAUCAAGUAGUUGAUUCUCAACAUGCUUGACAAUAUCACAUAAUCAUUCGAGUCUCUUUGCAGAGUGGCUGAUGAUUAAUAAUCUCUGAAACCAAUUGAUAAUGCAAUCAGAUUUAUGGAUCAAUAUUAUGAUUGCAUCUAAUUUGUCAAACAGGAUUAUGUAACCAAGGAGAUUCACUUUAAAGAGAAAUAGAACGUUUAAUAUCGCAAGCAUUCCUCUGACAUCAAUCACAUUUAUGCUUCCCAAGAUUAGAUUUUAUCAUGCGGCCAAGAAGUUUACUUGCACCAACAAAACAAAUGCUGUGUUAUCAAGAACUCCACUCUUCCUGUGUACACUGGACUUAUAUUACCAGAUGGCAAAGUGCUGAUAGGAGGCGAAGAGAAGGUUGUUAAAGUUUAUUAAUAAUUUAAUAAUCAAUAUAUUGAAGUAACUUAAUUGAAAGGGUUUUCAAAAGCUAUCAGUACUAUAGUGAUGUCUCAAAAUCAACACUACAUUGGAGUCAGCAGUUUCGAUGGUAGAAUAGCAUUGUUCCACACUCAAACGCUAAGUAAAUUGGGGACAUGGACAAAUGAUUUAGGAUCUGUCUACUCCAUAUCCUUUAGUGUCGACAAUUAAUAUGUGGCAGCAGGAAGCAAGAAUGGAAUUGCCAUAUGGGAAAUCAAAAUUGACAACGACACAAGUUCAGCUGAAUUGACUCAAUCACUUAAUACAAAAAAGAAAGUCAGAUCAAUUGCCUUUUCGUGCAAACAGAAAUUCCUUGCUGCAACACAAAAAAAUGACAUUCUGCUGUACCAUUACUAUAUCGACGACUUCAUGAUCUAUCAAACAUUACAUCAUCACAACGGCAUCGUGAACUGCGUAUCUUUUGGACAAGAUAUCCUGAUAUCUGGAAGUGACGAUUCAACUCUGUGUUUAUGGUCUAGCAGUAUCAAGGGAUAUUGGAUGUGUUAUUAAGUGAUUUACGUGAAUUGUUGUAUCAAUUCUAUUGCAUUAAAUCCCCAAUAAACAGAUCUAUAUUGUGAUUGUUUUGAUAGUAUAAUUCAUUAUAAUUAAAUUUGA